GGGGAUGGAAAUCACACGACGGAUUGGAAUUGUUUGUUUGACGGGACGGCGCGCAUGCGAACCGGAGGAGAGACCUUUCUCAACGGAUUCUGCCGGACCAGUCAACACCAUUUUCUCUUCUUAACAUCUCUUCCGCUUGGCAGCUGAUAUCCCCAUCUCUCGUUCUUUUGUUGCGCGGCGAACUUCACUCUAAACCACUUGACGGCCCUCGCAAUCCUUGAGUUGUCUCGUUGAAGUCAUCCUCCCCGUCCAAGUCCCCCCCCCCUCCUCGGCAGGUCAACACGCAACCCGCAACGCAGCACAAGACUUCAACAUGGUCGCCGUAACAGUAGCACCAGAGGCGCCCGUGAACGGCGUCGCGCCCGCAAAGACCAACGGCUGCUGCAUCGCCGUGACGGAGUUGAAGCAGCGCGCCGCCCAAGUCGCCGCCGCGGCCGACCAAGAGACCCUCGAUGCGCCGCUGCCGAAUCCCUCCCUCGUCGUCACGGCCGACCACCAGCUCAAGGCGGAGGAGGCGCCGGUCCUGGCACCCAAACGGGGAGAGGCGUUGGUCCAUGUCAAGGCGACGGGAGUUUGCGGAUCCGACAUCCACUUCUGGAAGACGGGCCGCAUCGGCUCGCUCGUCUUCGAGGGCGACUGCAUCAUCGGCCACGAGGCCGCCGGCGUCGUCAUCCGCUGCGGCGAGGGCGUCAAGAACCUCAAGCCCGGCGACCGCGUCGCCAUCGAACCCGGCGUGCCCUGCGGCGAGUGCUUCCUCUGCACCGAUGGCCGCUACAACCUCUGCGAGGACGUCCAGUUCGCCGGCGUCUACCCGUACCACGGCACCAUUCAACGCUACAAGUGCCACCCGGCCAAGUGGCUUCACAAACUCCCCGACAACAUCUCAUACGCCGAGGGCGCCCUCCUCGAGCCCCUCAGCGUCGGCAUGCACGGAAUCCGCACCGCCGGCCUCGCCCUUGGCGUCGGCGCCGUCGUCUGCGGCGCCGGGCCCAUCGGCCUCGUCACCCUCGCCGCCGCCCGCGCGUCAGGCGCCCACCCGCUCGUCAUCACCGACAUCGAGCCGUCGCGCCUCGCCUUCGCGAAGUCCCUCGUCCCGAGUGUCCUCACCUACCGGAUCGACCCGGCCCUCGGCAACGAGGGCAACGGCAGAGCCAUCCGCCGGCUCUUCGGCGACGACGAGUACAGCGCGCCGCGGACCGUGCUCGAGUGUACAGGCGUCGAGAGCAGCAUCUGCACGGCGGCCUUCACCGUCCGCCGCGGCGGCACCGUCAUGGUCAUCGGCGUCGGCCGCGAGAUCAUGAACAACCUGCCCUUCAUGCACAUCUCUCUAGCCGAGAUCAAGCUAGAGUUCAUCAACAGGUACCGCGACACGUGGCCCGCCGGCAUCGCUUGUCUGAGCAGCGGCAUCCUCGACCUCAAGAGCCUCAUCUCGCACACGUUCCCGCUCGAGAGGGCCGUCGACGCCCUCACCCUCGCCUCGGACUACCGCAACGGCAGCAUCAAGGUGCAGAUCGUCGACGAGACCGACUCGCCCCUCUUUUGAGUAAGCACGGGUCUCAGAGUCAGGAAUCCGGUGCUGCGUGUCGGGGAUGGGAAGCAUAGCAUAAUAUUAGCGUUCGUGGCGUUGCGGUUUCAUGAUGAUAAUUUGAAGCGCUUUUAUUUUUCAAGUGGUUUCUUGGAACAGAUCCAGGUUUUCGUUUGAGUAGAUGGCAUAGAACAAAGUCUUUUGCUU